CAGGAGAUUACUGACUCAAUGAAAUGAUCCAAUAGAUAUUUGAACAAAUUUGAAGUAGAGUGUCUCCUAAGAGUUUUUCACAGCUUGGUGGAAAAAGCUAAUGUAAGACUAAAUAACUUUGGUCUAGAUCGUAAUGCGUUUCGAGCGAUCCUGCACAGUAUAUUUGGAAUGACUGAUGAUAUGCUAAUGAAUAGGGUAUUUUUUGCAUUUGACAAAGACAAUGAUAACUGCAUAAAUGCGAAAGAGUGGGUUAAAGGAUUAUCAGUGUUUCUUCGAGGGACUUUUGAAGAAAAGCUUAAGUUCUGUUUUGAAGUUUACUAUUUGAAUGGUGAUGGUUAUAUUUCUCGAGAAGAGAUAUUUGACAUGUUGAAGAACAGUCUACACCAACAGACAUCUGAAGAAGAGACUGAUGAAGGAAUAAAAGAGUUGGUAGACAUAACGCUGAAGAAAAUGGAUUAUGACAACGAUGGCAAGAUAUCUUUUGCAGACUUUGAAAAAGCAGUAAAAGAAGAAAGACUUUUGUUGGAGGUGUUUGGACCACGUUUGCCAGAAGCAAAGGUACAGUGCCAAUAGCUCAAAUUGGUUAAGAGAAAAUUUUGAGGGAUCAGAAAGUAAUACUUGGUAGACAACUCAUCUCUCUAGGGGCUUUGGCCCGCUGCUGAAGUUCAGGCACCCAUGAGGGUCUCAGCUCCGUCCUUGUUUUGGGGCCCAACAAUAGUGACUAUUUAUUAUAUUCAACAGAUUUUUGAGCUUAUAACAUCUUUAGCUAUAUACAAUUCCUGAUUUCUUAUAUGUUAAUAUUAUUUUCCCAAAGAAACUAGGGUAUAUUGGCUUGCUUAAGGGAUAGAACACUGAAAAGUGUAUUCAGCAAAUACCCACCAUAAACUGCUAGGACAAACGUGGUCUCUUUCAACCCAAAUAUUGUCAAACAAUGAGAAUGAUUAAGUUUCAAAAAUCUUGGACACAUUUAAAGUACUUUAUAGUAUUUGUGCUCAUGAAGGUUUUUCAUGUAUUUGACAAAAGUUUUCUGAGCCAGAAGAGCCAGCCUAAUGACUGAUUUGCCACAUUAAUAUUUUCUUUAAUUCUUCCUUUGGUCAGCUGCUUUGCAAACCUGUAGAAACUUGUUAUUCUCUGUAGUAAUUUGGAUGACAAUUUUGUACAUGAACUUGCAUAAUGUUAAGCUCUCCUGAGCUAUCUCAGCUCAUUUCUCUAACUUGUCCCCUUGUAGUUUAUUCCCACAUUUUAAUUCUGCCUGGAACUAUAUAGUAAAAUGCAAUGUGUGAAAGGCAGACUUCUCAUUCUGAGACUGGGGCGGGGGGCGGGGAACAGGACAGAAUGGACUGGAGUGGAGUAACUACUUAGGUCAGGUGAACACCAACAGCCCUUCAGUCGCUCCCAGAAUUCAGUAGCCAAGUUAUCGAGAGCCUUGCUACUCCGCAUAGUCUGUGCACGAGCGGCAGUGGUGUCACCAGUAACUUGUGAGAAACGUAGAAUCUCAGGCCCCACCCCAAACCAAAUGCUUCAGAAUCUUUUCUUCCUUCCCUUUCUUUUUUCCUUCCCCU